AGGAACUGCUUCAGAAUGCAGUUAUCCAUCUUCCAUCUGAUAGGCCUGGGACACAGUGGGUAAGGCAGAAAUGGUCCCUGCCCCGUGAGCUCACAGAUUAGUGACAGGCAAAGAAUGGUCAGCAUUGGAAGACAAGUGGGGAUGGAAAUGAUCACUGGGGACAUGGAUGUACUAAAGAUGCCAGUGGUCUGCGAUGACCCAGGAAAAGGCUGCGAAGGUUUGAGGAACCAGAGAGAGGCCCUGGAGAUAGUGGAGAUCUAUAAAGGGUUGGCUCACCAGGAUCUUGUUAGCAGUGGUGCUGAGGUUAUGUUUCUUGUUGCUAUGAUCAAAUACCUGGCUCCAUUCGAGAGGAUACUGACCAUCAUGGCCAGGAAGUGCUGGUGGCAAGUACCUUCUCUCCUUGUAUUCGGACCAGAGCCCCAGCCCAGGAAUGGAAGGUGCUAUCCACAUCUAAGGCCGGCCUUUCCACUUCAAUUAACUUAUCUAGGGAACCCUUUACAGACUGGUCCAAGGGUCUACUGCUUAGGUGAGUUUAGAUUCGACCAACCUGAUGAUGAAGAUUAACCAUCACCAGCAGUGUGGACUUUGGGUUUUAUUCUGUAUUCCAUAUAGGGAACUGAAGCAGGAUUUAAAGCCACAGAAGAGUCACAUUGUGGUUUACAGGGUUGUUUUUUUUUUUUUUAAGGCCACUGUUUCUGCAAUGUAGAUAGACUAUUGUCUAUCACUGCCUAAGAAAUCAACAUACAGUCAUUUAAAAGAACACACAGCAUUAACUCACAAUUUCCACUCGUCAGGAAUCCAAGCCCGGCUUUGCUGUGUCCUCCAAAGGAUGGGUGUGCCAUGAAGAAUGUCUCCCCACAAGCCAUGUCUCUUUUUUGCAUGAGCAUCUAAAGUCGAUGAGGCUGGGUCAUCUUGGACAAGUUAGGCUAACUCUCUGUAACCUUAGUUUGCCUGCCUAUAAAGUGGGAAUCAAAAUACUGAAAGGUUACAGCCAGGUGUAAACAGUCUAAUGUCAGGGGAUAAGAAGAUCGCCAUAAACUUACGUUUAGUUCUGUACGGAUUGAUGCAUUAGGGACUUGCUUGUUGAGCAGAACACCCAUGAGGAAACACACAGAGAGCUUGCUUGCCCUCUGUGUGCUAAGCUGUCACAUGUGUAGUCGUAGUCGACGCUUUCCUCCUAGGAAGGAAUGUCCACAUGGGAAGGUGGCUUCCUGAUGGGGAGUGUGUUGAGUUGAGAGAAGGGCAUUGGAGAAUGCAGCUGGCAAGGGUAGCCUGUCUGAGCUCCUCUCAAGCCAUGGCCUCGUGGUCCAGGUGAGAGGCCUGUACAGUGCUCCUCCUUGGGUGAUCCCUGAAGUCUGGCUGUAUCCUUAGGUGGGGUGUGAUUCAGCUGCUUGCGUUUUCCAGGUCUAAGGAUGUCCAGGUUUCCUGAUGCUGCCAUAGACUCCUCUCCUAGCCUUUGUUGGUCAAGGUUUAUACUUCUUGAUUCUAAUGUCCUCAUAAAGUGACUAGGUCUCAGCUUGGAAUGUGAUGGAUGAAUUUGUGGGACACUUUGAUUUUACAUAUUGUAAAUACACAAUUGUAUGAGUAAGACAGUUUCCCUGAGGAGGAAACUGAGGCCUGGAAGACUGCCAACCUAAGGAUGGACGCAGAGUCCACUCUUGGGCUCCAGGUCCUUAGAAUACCCAACCUCAUACUCUUCACUCACACACAUAUAAUAGCCUAGUUACCAAUGCUGACCUGGGAUUUACUAUAUAUAACCCAGGCUGGCAUCGAACUUACAGCAGCCUUCCUGCCUUAGCCUCUUGAAUGCCACCACACUCAGCUUCUAAAGGUCCUUUUUCUAUGGAAUGUUUCUGUCUGUCAGACCCACCUACAUUUUAUAGCCUUAUGUAUAAUUCAAAUUCACACCAAAAGAGAGGUUUCAAAGUCAAACAAAAGUCUUGCUUCUCCCUAUCAUAGUGAAACCUCUGUCGAAACAAGCCCUGGGUACUUGUACCCAGAGGCCCUCUCCAACCGGGCUUUUCAACAUAACUCCUGCCUUGAGCCUUGAACUUCACUCUUCACCACUGCACACAACCCUCCCCCAUCUCAUCAUUUGCAAUGCACGGCCCUUUUUGAGAUCCCCAAAGGCUGGCUGCACAGGCACUCUUGUCUCAGCUGAGAUCUCCUCUAAUGCUCCGUGUCCGGCUGGUCUCAACUCCCCUGCGGCGGAGUCCUUCUAAGCUGCGCCACAAGCUAGUGUCCCAGAGCCUGACGUGCAGGCAGACGAUCAGCUGGAGGCAAGCACCCAAGCGCACCCUGAAGGAGUCGGGCUGAAGGGACCAUCAAGCAGCUGUCUCCACCCGCCCUCCUCCCUCGCCCCCCCCCCACCGGUGACGCGCCAGCCCCCGCGUGCGCGCCUCCCCACCGCCCUCUCCGCUACCGCGCUCGCUCCGCUCUCUGCCACCCGCGCGUCCUCUGGCCCCGCAACUUCACCCGGCGCGGCGGCAGCUGGUGCGACGCCCGAGCGCUGGGGCCACGACUGUUACCCUCGGACCUUUCCCUGUUGGCUGGGAGGAACGAGCACCGGUGUCCGCGGAGCCGGAGGUGCACGGCAGCGAGGGGCGGUGCGUGGGUGCCGAGGUGGUACAUGCCACCCGGUACUAAGCGUCUCCGGGCACUAGGAGCGUUCUCGGCAGGAAGUUCAAUCCAGAAGAGAAGAAGGAAGAGGCAACUGGAUGACUACAUAGCCUGGACUGCCAACCAGACUCCCAGAAAUCAUGCUGGUGGGAUCCCAGUCCUUCUCUCCUGGCGGGCCCAAUGGCAUCAUCCGGAGCCAGUCCUUCGCAGGUUUCAGUGGGCUGCAGGAAAGGCGGUCCAGGUGUAACUCCUUCAUUGAAAAUGCCUCGGCUCUCAAGAAGCCUCAGGCCAAGCUGAAGAAAAUGCAUAAUCUUGGACACAAAAAUAACAACACUCCCAAGGAGCCUCAGCCGAAGAGAGUGGAGGAGGUCUACCGGGCCUUGAAGAACGGGCUUGAUGAGUACCUGGAGUUUCACCAGACGGAGCUGGACAAAUUGACUGCUCAAUUAAAAGAUAUGAAGAGAAACUCUCGCCUGGGUGUGCUGUAUGACCUAGACAAGCAAAUUAAAACGAUUGAGAGAUACAUGCGACGCCUGGAGUUUCACAUUAGUAAGGUAGACGAGCUCUAUGAAGCCUAUUGUAUCCAACGGCGUCUCCAAGAUGGUGCCAGCAAAAUGAAGCAAGCCUUCGCGACGUCCCCUGCCAGCAAGGCUGCCCGGGAGAGUCUGUCUGAGAUCAACCGCAGCUACAAGGAAUACACGGAGAACAUGUGUGCCAUUGAAGCGGAGUUGGAGAGUCUGCUGGGAGAAUUCUCCAUCAAGAUGAAAGGUCUGGCUGGCUUUGCCCGCCUCUGUCCUGGAGAUCAAUAUGAAAUUUUCAUGAAGUAUGGUCGGCAGAGGUGGAAACUGAAGGGCAAAAUAGAAGUGAAUGGUAAACAGAGCUGGGAUGGAGCAGAAACCGUCUUCCUGCCCCUCAUAGUUGGGUUCAUUUCAAUCAAGGUCACAGAACUCAAAGGACUGGCGACUCACAUCCUGGUAGGCAGUGUGACCUGCGAGACCAAAGAGCUGUUUGCAGCCCGACCCCAGGUGGUGGCUGUUGACAUCAAUGACCUUGGUACCAUCAAACUGAACCUGGAAAUCACCUGGUAUCCCUUUGACGUGGAGGACACAACCCCAUCGUCGGGCCCUGGGAACAAGACAGCUGCUCUCCAGCGAAGGAUGUCCAUGUACAGCCAGGGCACCCCAGAAACACCUACCUUCAAAGACCAGUCCUUCUUUAGAUGGUUGCGGCUGUCUGUCUUGAGUGCCUUGCGAGACACUUUCUUUGCCACGUUGCACCACAACCACUCUGUCGGUGACCUGCCUUCCCUCAGCCUGAACCCCAAGGCCCUGCUAGAAUUCUAUUCAAAUCUGCCAGAUGACAUCUUUGAGAGUGGAAAGGCUGCAGAGGAGAAAAGGCCACUGUCCCUCAGCUUCAGUGACCUGCAGGAUGGAGACUGUGUCUUCACCUCCAGCUCAGCCACCUCCCCCUCCAGUUCACACUCAGCCCAUCCAGAGAUUACCAUCACCCCCGCAGAGCUUACCCACAGCAGCCUGUCCUCACAAAAUGAGGGCACCGAGGACAGCAGCUCAGCGUCUUCCAGGAAUUCCUUGGGUGAGGACCAUGAGCCCAAGUCCCACCCAAAGAGUGAUACGGUAGAGCCCGGGAAGCCGGGUGUGGCUACAAGGUCUGGUACCGAGAGCCUGUUUCUGGAGAGUAGUGUGGCCGAGGCUCUCCUGCAGGAAUCGGAUGAGGCCUCUGAGCUCAAGCCCGUGGAACUGGACACUUUUGAAGGAAACAUCACAAAGCAACUGGUGAAGAGGCUCACCUCGGCUGAGGGGCCCGUCACUACUGACAAGCUUUUCUUUGAAGGCUCUGUUGGUAGCGAGUCUGAGGCUGGCCGGUCCUUUCUGGAUGGCAGCCUGGAAGAUGCCUUCAAUGGACUCUUCCUUGCAUUAGACCCACACAAGAAGCAGUACAAAGAGUUCCAGGAUCUGAACCAAGAAGUCACUCACUUGGAUGAUGUUCUCAAAUGCAAGCCGGCUGGCAGCCGCAGCAGGUCUUCCAGCCUAAGUCUGACGGUUGAGAGUGCUUUAGAAAGCUUUGAUUUCCUCAACACCUCUGACUUUGACGAAGAGGAAGAGGAUGGCGAUGACGUCUGCCACGUUGGAGGAGGCGCAGACUCCGUGUUUUCAGAUACUGAGACUGAGAAGAGUGGUUACAGGUCAGUUCACCCGGAAGCCAGGGGUCACCUUAGCGAGGCUCUGACUGAAGACACAGGUGUAGGCACCAGUGUGGCAGGAAGCCCGCUCCCACUCACCACAGGAAAUGAGAGCCUGGACAUCACCAUAGUCAAACAUCUACAAUACUGCACCCAGCUCAUCCAGCAAAUCGUCUUCUCUAGCAAAACCCCCUUUGUGGCAAGAAGUCUCUUGGAGAAGCUGUCGAGGCAGGUCCUUGUGAUGCAGAAGCUGGCAGCCGUGAGUGACGAGAACCUCGGGAACAUCACCUCUGUGGUGGAAGCCAUACCAGAAUUUCACAAAAAGCUCUCCUUGCUGGCCUUCUGGACCAAAUGCUGCAGCCCCAGCGGGGUCUACCACAGCUCCGCUGCCCGCCUCAUCAAGCAGCUGGAGGCCAGCUUCGCCAGAAGCAUCAACAAAGACUAUCCAGGACUGGCAGAGCCAGUGUUUAGAACCCUGGUGUCCCAAAUCCUGGACCGAGCUGAACCUCUCCUUUCCUCCAGCCUCUCGUCGGAAGUCAUCACUGUCUUCCAGUACUACAGCUUCUUCACCAGCCACGGUGUGAGUGACCUGGAGACUUACCUGGGCCAGCUAACCAGGCAAGUUGCCAUGGUUCAGACUCUGCAGUCACUGAGAGAUGAGAAACUGCUGCAGACUAUGAGCGACCUUGCACCCAGCAACCUCCCCGCUCAACAGGAAGUCCUCAGGACGCUGGCCCUGCUGCUCACCAGGGAUGACAAUGAGGUCAGCGAAGCUGUGACACUCUACUUGGCAGCAGCCUCCAAAAAUGAGCACUUCAGAGAAAAGGCCUUGCUCUAUUAUUGCGAAGCACUAACGAAGGCCAAUCUCCAGCUACAGAAGGCAGCAUGUCUGGCCCUAAAGAGCCUGGAGGCCACCGAAAGCAUUAAAAUGCUAGUGACGUUGUGUCAGUCUGACACUGAAGAAAUCAGAACCGUGGCCUCGGAAACCCUCCUCUCUCUUGGAGAAGACGGGCGACUGGCGUACGAGCAAUUAGACAAAUUCCCUCGAGAUUGUGUUAAAGUGGGAGGUCGUCAUGGAACCGAAGUUGCCACAGCCUUUUAAAUUUCACGUUAACCCUGCCUGACUGCUAUUCCGAUGAUACCUGGCCCCUGUUCUCAAGAGGGUGCUGUGAUGUGGCCAGACAGCAGAGAGCUGCUGCCGCUGCCAAGACGGAGAUGUCCAAGUCCAAUUGCACUGUACUGUCUACUUUUCCUUAGCCCACAGAACAGGGCUGUGUAUAACUCCCUGGACUGCAUCGUAGUUUUGACUGACAGCACUUCAAAGUAGAGUUUGAAAGUAGUCAUCUUUAUGCCUUUGUGGAAGUUCAUCUGUAAGCUUGAAUUCUUCAUGUGCUAUUUGGAUACAUACAUAUCGUAUGCCUUGCCGUCUUUCUGCUGUGUUCUCAGGGUUGAGUGGCCCCUUAGUUACCGAAUUUUAUUAAACAGACAAAGCACAAAAGGAAUGUACUGCAAAUAAAAGUUGUUGUUUUUUUUUUUUAUUUUUACAGAGCCUGGCAAAAGUGAUCAGCUAUAAGACAGUAAGUUUUGGAGCUGAGGGUGUGGCUCCCUUGGUAGAGUGCUAGCCUAGGGAGCAGGAAGCUUGGGUCUAUCCCCAGCACUGCACAAGCUGGCUAUGCUGCGCAUAUAAAAUCAGUGCUCAGAAGAGAAGAAGGAUCAGAAGAAGUUCAAGGUCAUCUUCAGCUACCUAGGGAGUUCCCAGGGCAACCUGGGAUACAUGAAGCUAUGGGGGUUGAGGAGACCUAAGUUUUCUGUUUUUGUUUUUGUUUUUGCUUUUUUGGUUUUUUGAGACAGGGUUUCUCUGUGUAGCCCUGGCUGUCCUGGAACUCACUCUGUAGACCAGGCUGGCCUCGAACUCAGAAAUCUGCCUGCCUCUGCCUCCCAAGUGCUGGGAUCAAAGGCAUGCGCCACCACGCCCGGCUGGGACCUAAGUUUUAUAGCUUAGUUUUUUAUAGUUCCUACUAUUUGUUUCUAUUUCCAUCCUGAGAAUCCCAUAUCAUCUAUCCAUGUGGUUUAAGAGAGGAACGGAAGAAUUCUGCUUCGUUGAGGUUGUGCCUAUACUAUUAAAAGUAAGCAAAACCUUAAGCUUUCGUUCUUUAACCAGAGCCAUCUUUAUCACACUCUUGGUUUUUUGUUGUUUGGCUUUUGUUUUGUCUUGAAACAGAGUCUUCCUAUUGUAGUCCUGACCAACCUGGAACUCAAUAUACAGUCCAGCCUGACCUCGAACUUGCAAGGGUUCUCCAGCCUCUGCCUCCAGAGCUGGGGUUAUAGGCACAAGCCACUAGGCCUGGUUCUACAUGUGUAAUUUUUUUUUCUAAGACAAAUACACACGCCUAAGUUGUAGAUUCAGAAAGAUGUAUUUCUCUUUUAAGUGAAAACCUGGACUUUGGAUGAAUCCUAAGUCACUGGACUACAUUGUAGUUGUGACUGACAGCACUUCAAAGUCCAUCUUACCUUACCGUAGAAUUUGACACUGGACAGAAUAUUGAGGUACUGAAAGUGGUUCCUGCUUCUAUAGAAUAGCCAUGAACCUUGGAAGCAGGAUGCCCUGAGAGAUGGAAACUGCCCCAUAGUUUCCACAGCAGCUCAGUACCAGGGUAGAGAUUCAGUCUCUUACAACGUGUGCAAGGAGUGGGGAUGCCAAGACAUCACAAUAAUAUGUGUGGGUGCAAUGUGAACUGUAUUCUGGAUGUGUUUGUAUAAAAUACCAAUUAGAUAUUAGUUCCAAUAUUUACAUUUCAGCAAGACUUUUAAAAGUUCCUUUCAUUUUAAAGUGAAAAUUGUUCGCUGGGCUUCUUGCAACACAUCCUUUCAACUGUGAAGUCCCACUGUACAUAUCUGUAUUUUUGUAAAUGUUAUAUAUAUGCAUAUAUCCCUCAUUUUAAAAGUAUGUUGUACAGUUAUAGUAUGUAUAGGCUACAGUCUUUGUUAAAUGGUUGAAAUGUCUCUUUUGUAGAAAGUGAAAUCACAGCUAUUACAGGGCUUUUGUUUGGUUUAUUUGUGGAUUUGAAACAGUUUUGAAUAUUGCAUGGAUAAUUAAUUUCACAUCUUUUGUAUCCACCUCUGUGUCUGGCUUUUGGUUGGGAAGUGCUUUUAGGUUUGUGAUAUUUGUAUUCAUCCCUCUUUCAAUCAUGUAAGUCAAAAUAAAAAUUAUUUUUAAUUACUA